UUUUCGUUGAUAUAAGCGACCUGUCCCGAUUUGUUACAAUUCAAAAUGGCUUCCAGCGAGACGACCGACGAAUCUCUCUAUCCUAUUGCUGUGUUAAUAGACGAGCUCAGAAACGAAGAUGUCCAGCUUCGCCUUAACAGUAUCAAGAAACUGUCCACAAUAGCACUUGCUCUAGGAGUAGAGAGGACUAGGAGUGAACUUAUUCCAUUCCUCACAGAUACUAUUUAUGACGAGGAUGAAGUUCUAUUAGCCCUGGCAGAACAACUUGGUAACUUUACUCCUUUGGUCGGUGGCCCCGAGUAUGUUCACUGUUUACUGCCCCCUUUGGAGAGCCUCGCUACAGUGGAGGAGACAGUGGUUCGAGAUAAAGCCGUGGAAUCUCUGAGGAACAUCGCGACCCAGCAUUCCCCAGCUGACCUUGAGAAUCACUUUGUGCCAUUGGUCAAGAGAUUAUCAGCAGGAGAUUGGUUCACAUCCAGAACUUCAGCUUGUGGACUGUUUGCUGUUUGUUAUCCAAGAGUUUCCUCAUCAGUCAAAGCAGAGCUCAGACAACACUUUAGAAAUCUGGGUGGAGAUGACACCCCUAUGGUCCGUCGUGCUGCUGCAGGAAAGUUGGGAGAUUUUGCUAAAGCUGUGGAGAUAGAGUAUUUAAAGUCAGACCUAAUCCCUCUAUUUACUGCACUGGCCCAGGAUGAACAGGACUCUGUCCGUCUCUUGGAUGUGGAAGCCUGUGUCAGCAUUGCGUCCCUCUUGCCACCAGAGGAUGUAGAACAGUAUGUAAUGCCUACACUACGACAGGCUGCCGAUGAUAAAUCCUGGAGGGUCAGAUAUAUGGUCGCAGAUAAGUUCACAGAGAUACAAAAAGCAGUGGGUCCAGAGAUCACCAAGACCGACCUUGUGCCAGCGUUCUGUAGUUUACUUAAGGACUGCGAGGCUGAGGUCAGGGCAGCAGCCGCUCACAAGGUCAAAGACUUCUGUCAGAAUUUAUCCCCCGAUGUUCGUGAGAGUGUUAUAAUGACUAACAUUCUACCAUGUGUGAAGGACUUAGUAUCAGAUGCCAAUCAACAUGUCAAGUCGGCUCUAGCCUCAGUUAUCAUGGGCCUCUCUCCAAUCCUAGGGAAAGACAAUACAAUUGAACAUUUGUUGCCCCUGUUCCUGACGCAGCUGAAGGAUGAAUGCCCUGAAGUUCGUUUGAACAUCAUAUCAAAUUUAGACUGUGUAAAUGAGGUUAUUGGAAUCAAACAGUUGUCUCAGAGUUUACUACCAGCCAUCGUGGAGCUGGCCGAAGACACAAAGUGGAGGGUCCGUCUAGCUAUCAUAGAAUAUAUGCCACUUUUAGCCGGACAACUGGGAGUCGACUUCUUUGAUGAGAAAUUAAAUUCCUUAUGUAUGACUUGGCUAGUGGACCAUGUGUUUGCUAUUCGUGAUGCAGCCACAGUCAAUCUGAAGAAGUUGGUAGAAAAGUUUGGAGUAGAUUGGGCUCAGCAGACAGUUAUUCCAAAAGUUCUACAGAUGUCUAGGGAUCAGAAUUACCUCCAUAGACUUACCUGUCUGUUCUGUAUCAAUCUGCUGGCCGAGGCAUGUGGACCCGAGAUCACACUGAAAUUGAUGUUACCCACAAUUCUUAGCAUGGCAGGAGACACUGUACCAAAUGUUCGAUUCAAUGUGGCCAAAACAAUACUCCGUCUUGGAAAAAUGUUUGAUCAAAGUGUAAUUCAGCAACAAAUUAAACCUGUUUUGGACAAGAUGAAGGGGGACCCAGAUAUAGAUGUGCAGUAUUAUGCAUUGGAGGCUAUUGAUGAUCUGCUGCGGCCCUCAUCUCCCAGUGUGUACCACGAGAAAGAAGUCGUGACUGAGAUUUCCCGGUGUCGUCAGCUGGUACACGUACUUCAAAGGGAAUGUAUCAUUUCUGUGGCAGGGGAGGGUGUGGCCCUGGGUCGGGAGGGACCACUGACGCUCUUUCUUGUGGGCACCUUCUAUGGGAAGGUCUAUGUGUUUGACUGUUUGGUGAAUAACCGUCUGUUCGACAAAGGAGGGUUACGUUUCCUUCUGGAGAAUUCAAAACUUCUCAAAGUGGCAUUUUCAUGUUGUUUUUUAAGUGCCGCUUUAUUUACACAGUUCGCUGUUCGCCUCCGUAACGUGUUCGAUAUUCAAAUAGCUCAUCUAGUCAUCCGGGAAUUUGAGGGCCGAAAGUUACCAGAACGUUUGACUCUGUUUGACAUGUGUCAGUGCUACUCUGGGGCCGGAAAUCACUACGGGUGGAGGACGGAUGUCAAGGACAUGUAUCUUCGGAAAAUGGGUGAUUAUUGGUCACAGCGACCUUUGACCUGUGAGAUGUUGGAGUUUGCCGCCGAUGACGUCAUGUCUUUCAUCCCAGAAGUCUACAGAAGGCAAUCCGAAUUUCUAGAAGAACACAAACUAAUGCCCAAAUUCAGGGCACGGGUGGAAGAGGAAAUCUUGGUAGAGAUCAAUCAAGAGGUCAAGAACAUGCGCGGUAAAAGAAUUGAAGCCAUAGUAAUGGAGGUGCUGCAUGACCUUGACAAACAGUACAAGGACAAACAAAUUAAGAUAGAGGAGUUGUCAGAGGACCAAAUGUACGCGCUUCAUCUUCUCCAAUAUAACGACGCCUUGAAAAUAUCACCGCGUAUCGACAAGUUAAAAACAGACUACAUAAUGGACGAAAUGAAGGCGGUGGAAAACGACCUUUACACAGACCAGAUGAUGAUCACCAACAGAAACGGCCUUGGUGAUGACCUUAAAAUGUGGGAAAAACAUCCGGAUGAAAAUGUCAGGCGAAAGGCCCGGAUGUUGCGACUGGAUAUUUACAAGUUGAUUCUGAAGGAGAUUGGUCGUCGAUAUUCUGGAUUUUCUGUGCCUCAGGUUUUCAGCGAGCUGGAAAAACAAGCUCUAAGGUCUGUGACCCCAGUGUCGACCUCUGACAUUAACUAUGACCCCUUUGUUUUGGGUCAGCACUGGAUUGUUGUGGAACAUGAUAUAGACCAGGCUCUUUUUAACCUUAGGUUCGGACACCCGCACCUCCAGAUUUCAAAAGAAUUUAGUGACCGACUCAAAUCAUAUGAAAAACUAGAUGUACCAGAAAACAUUCAAAUGAAGGCCAAGCUUCUUCUCACAUUACAGUCUAGUAAAGGAACGACAUAUGGUUGACCCGACAGUUCACAG